AUUUUCCUUUUCUAUGUUGGUUUUGGUUUCAACAUCUAACAUAGUACAGACAAAAACCUAAUUCUCUUGCCUAUAAUUCUAUAUUAAAUAGCCUUGUCGAAACCCAUCAACUGGUCGAAGGAAGCUUCAAAUUUUCUACUUUGAUCUAUUGCAUAAAUCUCAACUUCAAAUUGGCUUAUUAGUGGACAUGAUCUAUGUUCAACAAUAUCCUCGCGGAAGAUUCUUUACACUAAGUGUAAUUCAUGUUACGUUAAUCUGCUGAAGUGGAAACAGAAAAACCCAUCUGAGGGUACCUAGUUGAUAUAACCAAACAUCUGUAUUGAAGAAGGCGUAUAAAUGCAGCAACUAAAAGUGAUGAUGAACCGUUGGCCUUCAAGAAAAUGCAUGAAUUUUCCACAGUGGACGGCUUUGUAGAGAUAAGUGAAUCCUUGGCGGACAUGAUAAAGUUCAUUGCAAAUGAGCCCUCUGUUGGGCUUUUCUAUAUUCAACAGCAUUCCCAGAAAGCAGCCCCCAACCUUGUUAAUCUCAAAAACAGUAUCGAAGAAAAAUCCCGUGAAAUGGCACUUCACACUGAAGAUUCGGAUGAUUCCAUCACCGUGAUAAGGUCGAUGAAAGAGUGUGGCCUUCCAAUUGCUAAUGGUAUGAUCAAAGAUCUCAGACAUACCCUGGCUGUCAUUUCAAAGAAACAACCAAAAAAAGGAUUGAUUAGCGGAACCAGUUCUAGCUUCCCAGUAAGUAUAGCUACCUCUUGGAGUCCUUCCACCUGGGUUCGUAAUACUGUUUCAGAAGAGGAUGAUAACAGGACAGCUGGAUAUCUCUCGAAUGUUUUUCAGUCUGCAAAACAGAAGGCUAGUAACUUCAAGUGGCCUCAGUUAGAAACCGGAGAAUCACUACCAGCCAAGAGUGAACCAUCUUCAUCAGACAAGGAUGAACCAUCUGUGACCCAUAUUAAUGACGCGCUAUUAGCUGCAGAUGUGAGCUCUUCGUCCUCACUUGGACGGACUAACAGUGAAGACUUAACAUUGUCAAGUCAAACUGCAAAUGAGCUACAACAAGAACAGGUAAACAAAAGCAUGUCCUAUGACCAACUGCUGUCUUUAACCGAAAACUUUGAUGAAUUCAAAGCAGAUAAAGAAGCGAAACUAGAAGAGUGGUUGGGAGGGACGUUGAAAUCAUAAUGCUGGUCCGGAGAAAAAGGAAAGCUGAAGUCCUUUAAGCUCGAUUGAACUCUUAGACAUCGACGAUACUUUUCUUAUGAAGGAAACUCUCUUCCUGUAUCAUGAUUUAUAUACUUUUAUUAUACUAGAUGAAAAAUGUAUAAGUGAGAGUCCAUUGUACAAGUGGAGUGUCGCGCGCCUUGGCAGCGGUGAAGUUGUCUCUGUGACCUAUAGGUUGCUCUGGAUAAGCUGUCUACAACACACCCUUUAGAGGUGCAGCCCCCCCUCCCCCCAGUCCUGCGUGAAUACAGGGUAGUUAGUGCAUCAGACUGCCUUUUCUGUCCUUGUUGUGUUUGUACAUUGAGGAAUGUAUUGUCUGUAAACUGCUUUAGCUUAUUAUUAUGGUGGUCUGAAUAAUCACUUUCGUCGUCCAAAUAUGAAACCAAAUAAUACCAAGGGGUCAUUUCGUUCGUAUA